AUGGCAGACAAUACAAUUGGCCAAAAAUCUUCCUCUUCCUCUCUAUCACAACCUACUCCUCCAUCUCCUUCUUUACUUCAUCCGGCUCUCACCGUUUCUAACAUAAAUAGCUUUAUCAAGGUCACACUUGAUAUUGAAAAAGACCAAUAUAUUACUUGGUCAGAACUAUUCAAAAUACAUGCCAAAGCAUAUAAAGUUCUAGACCACAUCACUCCACCAUCAAAGGAGGCAGAUAAAUCGAAUUCCUCUCCAUCUCUUUCCUCUCCAUCUCUUAAAGACACGGAUCUUGAACUCUGGUCACGAGUUGACGCCAUUGUUUUACAAUGGAUUUAUGGCACAAUUUCUGAAGAUCUUCUUCAUACAAUUAUUGAACGCGAUUCAACUGCAGAAAUAGCGUGGAACAGGCUAGAGGAUAUUUUUUCAGACAAUAAGAAUUCAAGAGCACUUUACCUGGAACAAGAAUUUUCUGCAGUUCGGAUGGAGCAAUUUCCAGAUGCUUCUUCUUACUGCCAGCAUCUAAAAACGCUAGUAGAUCAAUUAUCCAAUGUUGGCGCUCCUGUAUCAAAUAACAGGUUAGUACUUCAACUCGUCUCAGGUUUAACUGAUGCAUAUGCUACGGUUGGAUCACAGAUUCGCCAUGAGGACUCCCUUCCCCUUUUUUAUAAAGCUCGAUCAAUGAUUAUACUGGAGGAAACGGCAAUGGCGAAAAAGGCCGCAAUCCCCUGUGAUUCCACUGCCCUUCACGCAUCUACCGAUAACCAGUCACUCGGAAAUUUUGGGGAACAUUAUCGAGGGGGUCGCGGCGGCAGAACUGGAAACUUUGGUUCACGCGGUGGCAACUCUGGACGCGGCAGCAACUUCAAUUUUCGCGUCGGCCACUCUACAAAUCGCGGUGGCGGAAGGGGUGGUCGACAAUCUAAUGGCAGGGGCAGAGGAAACCGAGGAGGUCGACAAAUGCCAUCUCAGCCACACAAUCCAUUCUGGUAUAGUUCUAAUUCUUCUCAACAAAAUUGGGCUUCUCCACCUACAUGGAAUGGGCCAUGGCAACCUUGGGCUACUCCACCUUGUCCGUAUCCUACAACACCAGCCCAAUGGCAAAGAAAUCAACCACCACCAACCUCACAAUCUAUACUUGGGCCAAGACCAUCUCAAGCCCACUUGACAACAACAAAUUUGGGUCAAUCUUCGUAUGCACCAACCGAUAUUCAACAGGCUAUGCAUACUCUCUCAAUUACUCCUCCUGAUGAUCAAUGCUAUAUGGAUACAGGAGCUAAAUCUCACAUGACGUCAAAUGGAGGAUUUUCAGACAGGGAUGCGUUUAAUGAGAUGUGA